CUAUGUCGCCAUCAGUUAGUCCUUCGUCGCCAUUCAGUUGCAGUAAACUUUUUAGCAACAUUAACUAUCAAAUAUUAUUUUACACACACGUUUUUUCCAAUAAAAUUUGUAAUUAUAUUUCGAAUGAACCCAUUCGUUCACAUUUCACCCGAGUUCUUUGAAGAAACAACCAGCUUUCAUUCAAAAUGCCUGAUUUCGACUUGGGGGAAUCGCAAUACAUGCCCUCGUCCGGGGGUAGCAUGCGCCAGUACCAAUGCAAUUUCGUUCACAUGCAAUCGUCUACGAAGGAGACCAAAAAAUUGAGCGCUGUUUCAUUAUUGCCCACAAAGUUGAAAGAAUUUGUUGAGGAAAGUAUGCAAAUUUGUCGUCCAUCAAAUGUACAUGUUUGUGAUGGUUCUGAAGUUGAAAAUGCGUUGCUUAUUGACAAGUUACUUAAAGCUGGUACAGUCGUACCUCUACCAAAGUAUAAAAACUGCUUUUUAGCAAGAAGCAGCAUAAAAGAUGUGGCAAGAGUAGAAAGUCGUACAUUUAUAUGUACAAAAAAUCGAAGAGAUGCAGUAAAUAUUCCUAAAGGAACAACUAAAGGAAUUAUGGGAAAUUGGAUGUCUUUAGAAGAUGCGAAUGAAGCAAUCAAAACAAGAUUUGAUGGUUGUAUGGAAGAUCGUACCAUGUAUGUAAUCCCUUUUAGUAUGGGACCUUUGAAUUCACCCUAUUCUAAAAUUGGUGUACAACUAACCGACUCAGCGUAUGUCGUUUGCUCGAUGAGGAUUAUGACACGUAUGGGUACUGACGUUUUGGAAAAACUCAGUUCAAAUGAAGAAAAUUGCUAUUUUGUAAAAGCUUUGCACUCGGUUGGAAAACCUAUUUCUGGUCUAGUGGAACACUCUCAUUGGCCAUGUGAUCCAGAGAGAACUCUUAUUUUACAUAAACCGGAAUAUGAUGAAAUAAUAAGUUAUGGAAGUGGUUAUGGAGGUAAUUCUUUAUUAGGAAAAAAAUGUUUUGCUCUCAGAAUAGGUUCUACUAUUGCUCGUCGUGAAGGAUGGCUUGCUGAACACAUGCUGAUUUUAGGCGUGACUGAUCCUAAGGGAAGAAAACGUUAUAUUGUUGCAGCCUUUCCUAGUGCUUGUGGUAAAACAAACAUGGCCAUGAUGAAACCAUCUUUACCGGGAUAUAAAAUAGAGUGUGUUGGUGAUGAUAUUGUGUGGAUGAAAUUUGAUACAAAUGGACAACUAAGAGCUAUUAAUCCAGAAUUUGGUUUCUUCGGUGUAGCACCAGGAACAUCCCAAGCAACAAACCCAGUGGCUAUGGAUACCAUUUUUGAAAACACCAUAUUUACAAAUGUUGCUCAGACAAGCGAUGGUGGAGUUUAUUGGGAAGGUAUGGAAGACCCUGCUCAAGGAGUUACAAUUAAUGACUGGUUAGGUAAUUCAUGGGUUAAAGGAUCUAAGACGCCGGCUGCUCACCCUAAUUCCAGAUUUUGCACUCCAGCAAACCAAUGUCCGAUUAUUGAUGAAAAUUGGGAUUCUCCGGAGGGUGUACCUAUCGAUGCCAUUCUUUUUGGUGGUAGAAGACCUGAAGGGGUACCUUUGGUAUAUGAAUCAUUUGAUUGGAAACACGGUGUUUUUAUUGGUGCUUCUAUGAAAUCUGAAGCUACCGCAGCUGCUGAACAUACGGGAAAGAUAAUUAUGCAUGAUCCAUUUGCUAUGCGACCAUUCUUUGGUUAUAAUUUUGGAAAUUAUUUAAAACACUGGUUAUCUAUGGAAAAUAUUCCGAAUGCAAAGUUACCUAAGAUUUACCAUGUUAACUGGUUUCGUAAAGAUGAAAAUGGCAAAUUCAUGUGGCCAGGGUAUGGUGAAAACUCUCGUGUUCUCGAUUGGAUACUGCGAAGGAUAAAUGAGGAACCAAAUACUGCUAAUAUUACCCCUAUUGGAUAUACACCAACAAAAGAAACAUUUAACACAUUUGGAUUGAAAGUUGAUUUCGACAAACUUUUUUCGGUUCCAAAACACUUUUGGACAGAAGAAGCUAAAGAAGUAGCAAAUUUCUUAUAUGAACAAUUAGAUGAAGACUUACCAAAAGAAAUCGAAGAGCAAAUUAAAAAUUUAAUUGAUCGCUUAAAUUUUUCUAAGUAAAAAUUUAAUAUUUUAAUAUGGUGUUAUUUUAACAAUAUAUACAUUUUUUCCUAUAAUUUUUAUUGUAUUAGUUAUGUAUUAAUGUUAUUAUUUUUUCUUUUAUUUAUUUAAUAAAGUUUGUAUUAUUGAAAAAUAA